ACUGAAAGGACACGGACACUGCAUUUUUGGGGGAAUACAUCCAAGAUACCGGACGGAAUAUUUCCUCAUCGAGACUCCACUACUUCAGUGCUUACUUUUCUCCAGCAGUGGCUUUAUAGUGUUUUUUUUUUCAUAACAUUCACUUUGAGAGAUGCUUCAUGACGCGCAGGGAUGCAGCGGAAUCAAUUCACUCCAUUGAACGCAAAUGAAUGAUUUCAUCUGAACCCACUUCAGAAAGGUUUCUGAGAUUUGCCUAACUUUUUUGUGAAUAAACCCGCAUAAAUAAUUAACAAAAGAAAAAAAUGAUUGUCAUUUGAAGUCGUGCUGUUUGUACAGUUCUUAAACUUUGCUUCAUCGGACUUUGCAGCAGUUUAUUGGCGUCUGACGCGUACAGACUGAUUUAUAGACUCCUCCUCAUUAAGCCCUGGUUUUGGACGCACGGGAGCGACGCUCUCAGUGUCUCGCAUCGCUUUGGGGAAACCGGGACUACGGCGCAACAUGUAUCCAGCGCGGCGCGGGCGAACGCGUGCUGCGGACUCUCAGACGUGUCGGAGCAUCAUGUCAAGGCGCGCGUUAACUCUGAAGUGGAGCGCCGGAUGGAUUCUGAUGUUUUCAUUCAUCAGUAACACUUGGGCGCAAGAUGAUGUCCCACCCUACUUCAAGAUGGAGCCAGUGGCAACCCAAAUCCACCUGGAAGGGAACCGGUUGGUUCUCACCUGCAUGGCUGAGGGCAGCUGGCCUCUGGAGUUUAAAUGGCUUUACAACGGUACCGAGUUGACACGUUUCUCCCUGGAAUACAGGUAUGUAAUUCCAUCACUGGAUCGCUCCCAUGCAGGCUUCUACAGAUGCAUCGUCAGGAACAGGGUGGGAGCUCUGAUGCAGAGGAGUUCACAAGUCCAGGUCGCCUACAUGGAAGGCUUUGUGGAGGGAGAACGGUCUCAGGUGGUGUCCCAAGGGGAGGCGGCGUUGAUCUUCCCCCCGCAAAUCCACAGCUUUCCACGGCCCGGGAUCACCUGGUUCAGAGACGGGCGCAAGAUCCCCCCCAGCAGCCGCAUAGCCCUCACUUUGGACAACACCCUUGUCAUCCUGUCCGCCGUGGCCCCUGACGCGGGCCGGUACUACGCCCAGGCCGUCAACGACAAGAAUGGAGAGAACAAGACCAGCCAGCCCAUCAUCCUGAAUGUGGAAAAUGUUGGCGGCCCAGCAGACCCCAUCGCUCCCUCUAUUAUAAUCCCGCCGAAGAACACCAGUGUGAUGGUGGGCACGUUUGAAGUCACACUGGAGUGUGUGGCCAAUGCAAGGCCUCUCAUUAAGCUCAGCAUUACAUGGCGGAAAAAUGGAGUGCUGGUAAACCGAGGCCUUCGGGACUUCGGUCGCCGUCUGACCAUCAGCGGUCCUCUGGUCAGUGACAGCGGCUAUUACGAAUGCGAAGCCUCCCUUCGGAGCAGUAGCGCCCCCUCUGUCAGCGCCGGAGCAUAUUUGCACGUCCUGGAACAUCCUCAGUUCGUGAAGGAGCCCGACAGACACAUUACUGCUGAGAUGGAGAAGGUGGUAGACAUCCCAUGCCAAGCUCGCGGUGUUCCUCAGCCAGAUAUAGUGUGGUAUAAGGAUGCUGUACCCAUAAGCCCCGUGAAGACACCUCGUUACAGAGUCCUGGUGGGCGGCAGUCUGCAGAUAAAUGGCCUGCUCCCGGACGACACCGGAAUGUUCCAGUGCUUCGCUCGCAACUUAGCGGGAGAGAUCCAGACGAACACGUACCUCGCUGUCACCAGUAUUGCCCCAAACAUCACGGCCGGCCCAUCUGACAGCGCCGUGAUUGAUGGCAUGUCCAUCAUUUUACACUGUGAGACCUCAGGGGCCCCGCGGCCCGCAAUCACAUGGCAGAAAGCUGAUCGGGUUCUGGCAAGCGGCUCGGUGCAGUUGCCGCGCUUCACUCUGCUGGAGUCUGGCAGUCUUCUGAUCAGCCCCUCUCACCUGUCUGAUGCUGGAUCCUACACCUGCAUGGCCAGUAACUCCCGUGGCAUUGAUGAAGCCUCGGCCGAUCUAGUGGUGUGGGCUCGAACGCGGAUCACUAAUCCACCUCAGGACCAGAGCGUGAUCAAGGGCACAAAAGCAGCCAUGACCUGCGGGGUGACCCACGACCCCAGCGUCACAGUGAGGCACAUCUGGGAAAAAGGAGGAGCGGUUAUCGACGUGAAAUCGAGCCCUCGCUUGCGUCUCGACUCCAACGGCACCCUACAUAUAACUCAGACCUGGUCGGGAGACAUUGGGACCUACACCUGUAAAGUCACCUCUGUGGGAGGCAAUGAUUCUCGCAACGCUCACCUGAGAGUCAGGCAGUUGCCUCAUGCUCCAGAGAACCUCAUCGCCACCCUCAGCAGCUCGGAGAGACGAACCAUCAACCUGACCUGGGCCCAGGCCUUUGACGGGAACAGCCCGCUCAUCCGUUACAUCCUGGAGGUGUCAGAGAACAACGCACCUUGGACUGUGCUCUUGGCCAACAUCGAUCCAGAAGCCUCCAGCGUGAUCGUCGGGGGCCUCAUCCCGGCACGUUCUUACCAGUUCCGCCUGUGUGCCGUCAACGACGUGGGGAAGGGCCAGUUCAGCAGGGAGACGGUGCGAGUAUCAUUACCCGAGGAGCCUCCCAGCGCCCCUCCUCAGACAGUGAUAGCCAGUGGCCGAACCAACCAGUCCAUCAUGAUCCAGUGGCAGCCUCCCCCUGAGAGCCACCAAAACGGGCCUCUUCAAGGCUAUAUCAUCAGGUACUGUCUGUCUGGAUUACCUGUGGACUGUCAGAUGAAGAACAUCACCAACCCGGACCAAACAAAUCUUCUGCUGGAGGACCUCAUUAUUUGGACCAACUAUGAGAUUGAGGUGGCUGCUUAUAACGGGGCGGGGCAGGGCGUCUACAGCCCCAAAGUCACAGAAUGGACCCUGCAAGGAGUGCCCACGGUCCCACCAGGGAACGUCCAGGCGGAGGCUGUCAACUCCACCACAGUCCGUUUCACAUGGAGUGCUCCAAGCCCACAGUUCAUCAAUGGAAUCAACCAGGGAUACAAGCUGUUGGCAUGGGAACCAGGCCACGAGGAAGAUGUUACCUUGGUUACUGUGAGACCCAAUUUUCAAGACAGUGUUCAUGUAGGUUACAUCACCGGACUGAAGAAGUUCACGGAGUACUUCACCUGCGUGCUGUGCUUCACUACACCGGGAGAUGGCCCUCGUAGCACUCCCCUGCGCGUACGCACCCACGAAGACACUCCAGGACCUGUAGGUCACCUAAGCUUCACAGAAAUCCUAGACACGUCUCUCAAAGUCAGCUGGAAAGACCCGCCAGAGAAGAAUGGCGUCCUCACAGGGUAUCGCAUUUCCUGGGAGGAAUUUAACAGAACAAACACUCGCGUCACGCAUUACCUGCCUAACGUGACACAGGAGUACCGGGUCACCGGUCUGACCGCGCUGACUACAUACACCAUUCAGGUGGCCGGUAUGACCUCCAAAGGUCAAGGUCAGCUGUCGUCCUCCACCAUUUCCUCUGGUGUGCCUCCAGAGAUGCCUGGACCUCCUACCAACAUUGCCAUCUCCAACAUCAGCCCGCGUUCAGUAACCCUGCAGUUCAAACCAGGCUAUGACGGCAAAACAUCCAUCUCACGCUGGCUGGUAGAGGCUCAGAUCGGUGUUAUCGGAGAAAACGAGGAGUGGGUCAUGGUCCAUCAGCUGGCCAAUGAGCCUGAUGCACGAUCCCUUGAGGUCCAGGGUCUGAACCCCUACACAUACUACAGAUUUCGAAUGAGGCAGGUGAAUAUAGUAGGCACAAGCCCACCCAGCCAGCCAUCGAGGAAGAUCCAGACCCUGCAGGCUCCUCCUGACAUCGCCCCCGCAAACAUCACUCUCCGCACGGCCAGCGAGACCAGCCUGUGGCUCAGAUGGGUGCCGCUGCCAGAGUGGGAAUACAACGGCAAUCCAGAACUGGUGGGCUACAGGGUGCAGUACUCUCGCCUAGGCUCCAAGGCUGGGGUCCUGUCCCACAUCAUCCCUGACAGGCAGGAGAGGGAGUUUACCAUUGAGGAUCUGGAAGAGUGGACCGAAUACGAGGUCAAAGUGCAGGCGUUCAAUGGCAUCGGGCCGGGACCGUGGAGUCAACCCGUUCACGGGAGAACCAGAGAGUCAGUCCCUUCAAGUGGGCCUGCGAAUGUUUCAGCUUUUGCUACCACCUCCAGCAGUGUCCUGGUCCGCUGGGGCGACGUGCCAGAGACUGACCGCAAUGGACUAAUUCUGGGCUAUAAGGUGGUAUACAAGGAGAAGGAUGCAGAGUCAGCCCUGCGUUUCUGGACGGUAGAGGGAAAUAACACUUACAGUGUCCAGCUCACUGGCCUUGGGAAGUACGUGCUUUAUGAGAUCCAGGUUCUAGCCUUCACCCGUAUAGGAGAUGGCAUGCCUAGUUCUCCACCCAUCUUUGAGCGCACACUUGAUGAUGUUCCUGGGCCUCCAGUCGGCAUCCUUUUCCCUGAAGUCAGGACUUCCUCAGUGAGACUGAUCUGGCAACCUCCUGCCCAGCCAAAUGGCAUUAUCCUUGCAUAUCAGAUUGCAUACCGGAAAAACUCUUCCAGUAUUACUUCUGCCAGUGUCGAUGUGCUCAACCCAAGUGCACGACAGUAUACAGCAACUGGACUGAAAGCAGAAAGUGUUUAUGUGUUCCGCCUCACGGCUCAGACACGAAAGGGAUGGGGAGAAGCAGCCGAGGCACUGGUGGUCACUACAGAGAAGAGAGCACGCCCUCAGCCCACAAGUCGUCCCGUUGUGCCUCAGGAAGAGGUCCAGGCCCGCAGUGUGCUGUUGUCAUGGGAACCAGGCAGCGAUGGUCUGUCGCCCAUCCGAUACUACACUGUCCAAUACAGAGAGCUGCCUGACAGCAAUUGGACGGUCCACUCUGCAUCCGUCAACCAUGAGGCUACUUCGUACGUCAUAGACAAACUCAAGCCUUUCACUUCCUACCAGUUCAGAGUGAAAGCCACUAAUGAUAUUGGGGACAGCGAAUACAGCGAGGAGAGUGAGGCAAUCACCACUCUACAGGACGCACCCGACAAAGCUCCCACAAUCCUCUCUGUGACACCACACACCACCACAUCUGUGCUGGUCCGCUGGAAGCCACCCCCCGAGGAGGAGAUCAAUGGUAUUUUGCUUGGUUUUCGAGUACGCUACAGAGAACUGCGUUAUGACCGCCUACGCAGCUUCACCGUGCGCACAGUUAAUAGCCCGGCAGCCAACUGGGCCGAGCUCACAGCCCCCUACAGUGUGAGGAACCUGACUGAAUCCUCACUUACCCAAUACGAGCUGGAUAAUCUGAAUAAACACAAGCGCUACGAGAUCCGACUGAGCGUGUAUAACGCGGUAGGGGAGGGGCCCACCAGCUCGCCGCAGGAGGUGUUCGUGGGAGAGGCGGUGCCAACCGCUCCACCUCAGAAUGUCGCUAUCCAGUCCUCAACAGCUACUCAGCUUGAUGUCACAUGGGACCCUCCCCCAGUGGAAGCACAGAAUGGGGAUAUUCAAGGCUAUAAGAUUUAUUAUUGGGAGUUUCAGCUGCAGAAUGAGACCGAGCGACUCCGCACUCUCUUUCUGCCGGAGCUGAGCGUGAAGCUGAAGAACUUGACUGGCUAUACCACCUACAUGAUCAGCGUGGCUGCUUUCAACGCGGCUGGGGACGGCCCGCGCUCGCUGCCCACCAGAGGGCGCACUCAGCAAGCAGCUCCAAGCGCUCCCAGUUUUAUCCACUUCAGUGAACUCACCACCACCUCGGUCAACAUGUCCUGGGGUGAGCCCAAGCAUCCCAACGGCAUCGUGGAGGGAUACCGUGUGGUCUACGAGCCCUGCACGCCUGUAGAUGACUCCUCUCCUCACAAUUCAGGUGUCAGUAAGGUUGUCACUGUGGAUGUGAAGGGAAGCGCCCCCUUGUGGAUGAAAAUCAAGGAUCUGGCAGAUGGAGUGACCUACAACUUCCGCAUCCGUGGUAAAACCCUUACUUACGGACCAGAGAUUGAAGCCAACAUCACCACCGGCCCUGGAGAAGGCGCUCCGGGGCCUCCGGGGGAGCCAUUUAUUUCUCGUUACGGCUCGGCCCUCACUCUCCACUGGUCCAACGGUGACCCCGGCCGUGCUCCCAUCACUCGCUAUGUUAUAGAAGCAAGACCAUCUGAUGAAGGACUGUGGGAUAUCCUAAUCAAAGACAUCCCUAAAGAGGUGACGUCGUACACUCUUAACCUGGAUACUCUCAGAGAAGGGGUCACGUAUGACUUCCGUGUCAUUGCGGUGAAUGACUAUGGCUAUGGUUCUCCAAGUGCUCCUUCACCUUCAAUAUCGGCCCAAAAGGUCUCCCCCUUUUAUGAAGAAUGGUGGUUCCUGGUGGUUAUUGCUCUUGUGGGCCUCAUUUUCAUCCUUCUGCUCAUCUUCAUUCUAAUCAUACGGGGGCAGAGCAAAAAAUACACCAAGAAAACAGACUCAGGUGCCCACUCGAAUUGCACAUCUCUGCCCCUUUCACAUGGAGAGAUGGUACGGCUGGAUGAAGGACGCUUCCCUGCCCUGGAACUCAACAACCGUCGACUCUCAGUCAAAAAUUCCUUCUGCCGUAAGAACGGAAUCUACACCCGAUCUCCUCCACGACCCAGUCCCGGCAGCCUGCACUAUUCUGAUGAAGACGUCAGCAUCAAAUACAAUGACUUGGUCCCAGCCGAGAGCAGCAGCCUGACCGAGAAGCCUUCAGAAGUGUCCGACUCACAGGGCAGUGAUAGCGAAUACGAGUUGGAUCCAAACCGGCAGAAGACCCACUCCUUCGUCAACCACUACAUCAGUGACCCCACCUACUAUAAUUCCUGGCGCCGCCAACAGAAAGGCGUCUCUCGGCCUCCGGCGUACGGCUACGCCCAGCCCGACACGGUGGCGGAACAGGAGUCCCGACCCCACCCGCCCCCGCUGCCACCGUUACCACCUCUGCUGCCCCACAGCAAUCCAUCCCCGCAGCCCCAGGGCCAGGGCACCCUGUUCAGGCCCAAGGGCAGCCGGACUCCCACCCCGUCACUGCUGUCCUCUGACAACCACAGCCAGCACACCCUGUACAGGCCCCCUAGCAGCCUGGGCACCUCCGCCCAGGUCCCGGCCACAGGAUUCUCCUCAUUUGUUUGAUACAAGACUGUCAUUCCAAUGACAAAACGCCUGGGAGGGACUCCUGCAGUAUUACUGGUCUGUAAUUAUUAUUAUUAAUUUUUUUUUUUUUUUUGCUGCACCUUGUUGGACAUCAAGAGCUGCUUUUGGAUUUCAUUUUGCCAGGUGUGCAGGUGUAUUGUGGGUUUAUAUGUGCGUGCCAGAGCAUUGAAACGCAGACAAUCAUUUGGAAGGGAAUCGUUUGUUGAUUGUACAUUCUAAAAUACAUUCACUUCAUCCUUCACUGAAAAAGAAAUGUUACGGCCCAAAUAUUGACUGCAUACACAGUGGAGUCCAAAAAUCUAUGACCGUCUGGAGUUUUCUUUUUUUAAUUUUUCAAGUUCCAUUUAAGUUUUACUAUUUUGAAAUAUUUAAGACUAAGAAAAGGCAACACUGAUGGUCUCAUACUGUUGGACCCCACUGUAAAUGUUUAAACAAACUGCAUUUCACAUAAUGCUGCAGAUUUCCAAAGCUCAUCUUCACAAUUCUGUUUAUAUAAUAUUGCUCUCAUGUCAUUCACAAGGAAAUCAAUGACAGAAUAUUUCUGAAAGCCAAAAAAUUGCAGCUGUGAUUUUGUAGUAGUAUCAGUCUCUUGAAACUGAAAAAGAAAGAAAAUUCAACUCCGUAGAAAACAAACUUUAGGGCUUUUCACACUUGGAAUGGUUAACCAUGGGUCAUUCUGAACUCUGAAGAAAUCCAAGGUUGUAUGUUUCACAUUUCACAUCGUUCAAAAUUUACCCCGGGUUAAAACUGACAUUUCAUACAACACCAGGGAUGGCGAACUCCAGUCCUGGAGAGCCGCAGCCCUGCAGAGUUCAGCUCCAACCCUAAUUAAAACUCACCUGCCUGUUGCUUUCUAGUAACCCUUCAGACAUUGAUUAGCUUAUUCAGGUGUGUUUGAUUAGGGUUGAAGCAAAACUACGCAGGGCUGCCGCUCUCCAGGACCGACAUUCGCCACCUCUGUACUAGACAUUCCUAAAUCCUGGGUUAAAGGGAUAAUGCACCUAAAAAUGAAAAUUCCUCACUGAUCUCAUGACAAAAACCUGUUGGAACUUUUUCCGCAAGAUAUGAAAUAAGUACCAAUAAGUACAUAUCACUGCAGUUUCCAACAGAAAUUAACACUAGAAGCAGUAAAACAGCGAGCACUUGUAAUUGUUUAUGUACACAGUUAUGAUUAUAGCUCCAUAUGUUUUGCUUUCCAGACGUAACAGUCUUGCUCGGUAGCUCAGCCGGCACAGAAUUGGACUUAAGAUGUGGAAUCCUUGGGUACGAAUCCUGUGAAAAACACGAUAAAAGAGCUGAAAGAUGAGAGAUAGAAAAACAAGCUAAAAUGGCAUGCUUGCGAUUGGGUUUUCAAGUCACAUCUGCUUUUGUUCAUACUAUCAGGUAGGUUUAGGUGUAGUGCAGACGGUACAUUAUUUUAAAACGUCACGGAGCAUUAGAGUUAUAGACACUCAAUGGACAUUUCAAGUCAGAACUGCGUUGACAUAUUACAAAACCAACAUCACAUAAAACUUAAUAUAUGUAUGUUCAUAUGUUCUGGGGAAAACAAUUUAACACUCUUUUAGCGCCACCCAGUGGACAUUUCACAUCAAACAUGUCCCAAAACGUACAUGGCACUACGUAUUUCGCGUCAUCAUCAGAACACAAAUUAAGAUAUUUCUGAUGAAAUCCGAGAGCUUUCUGACCCUGCUUAUACAGCAACGCAACUGAAACGUUCAAGACCCAGAAAGGUAGUAAGGACAUUAAUAGUCCAUGUGACAUCAGUGGUUUAACCUUAGUUUUAUGAAGCUACAAAAAUACUUUUUUGUUGCAAAGAGAACAACUUUAUUCAACAGUUUCUUCUCUUUUGAGUCAGUCUUCGACACGUGUUCCAUAAGUACCACAUCGUAUGCAUGUGGUGCUGCUGACGCAGGAGUCGGCAUUCUGACGUAGAACGUCCAUCUCUCUUAAUUCAUUGUCUGUAUAUUCCGUUUGGAAUAAGUAAGGCUGGGGGAAAAAAAAAGUCAUCCUCUCUGUCGAAAUCUUCAGCCAUGUUUACAAAGCUUGCUUUGUGUACACUGUGCAUCUUAUUCUGCUUGUAAACAAGGCAUAACGCAUCCAGGUUCUACGUCACAAACAUCGACUCUUGCAUCUUCUGAAGAUGAACGAAGGUCUUACGGGUUUGGAACAACAUGAGGGUGACUAAUUAAUGACAGAAUUUUCAUUUUUGGGUGAACUGUAUCUUUAAGGUUCUUAUUUGCAUAUUUGCAAUAUGAAAGUAAGAAUAAAACAGUCUCUUCUUCAGUCUAAUUCACUUGUUUCAGUCACCUUUUGACAUUUUCCCCCUUAAAUUCUGUUGACCUUAAAGUCGUAGAGCUAAUCUAGUUGUAACAUGCUUAGGUAAACCCUGGGUAACAUAGGUGCUUCAGAAAUGACGUAUGAGUGUAAAACAUAUCUUUACAUGGGGUUAAAAGUGGGGUUUAGAAUGAUGAUAACCCGGGGAAGGGUUGCCAGGUUUUCACAAGAAAAAUACACAUUUUUGGCAGGGUUCCCCUGUUAAAAUUCACAUUCCAGGGGAUAAAUAUCACGGGAUUGCUUCAAACUGCGGACAUGAAAAUACAACCUGCGGGAACAAUGUUAAAGUAGCCCAAUUCUGCGGAAAAACCUCAGACUUGGCAACACUGACCCAGGGUGAAGUGCAGUGUGAAAAGCUGUUUUGAGGAGGGAAAAGUAUGGAAUUUCUAUAGGAUUCAUAUGGUACAGUUUUUAUUUAUUUUUGCUUACUGUUUGCUUAUGUCCAACCAAGGAAAUGUUGCAAAGGAUAAGGCUUUGGGCACUAACAUUGUCAUUAUUUUCAUCCUACUUUGAUACAUCACCAAACUUCAGUUUUCAAACCCAUGGACAAAUAUGAAAAAAGAUACUUUUCGUGGGAAAAUAACACAGUAUUUCCAAGAUAUAACAAAUAAUGCAAAACACAUUGAUGUAUUAAUCAUGCAUUUGCAUUAAGAAAAGUGUAACAACUGUGAAUUUGUGCCAAUAUCAGUCUCUGAGAGAGUUUUUCUGCUUCUUGGACCAAUAAAACUUUAACACUAUGGAGGAGAAAAGGAAAAGUAAUUUUGAUAGCGAAAUGGAAGUCCAAUACAAGUCCACUUGCAAAUUAUGUCUCAUUUGUGUCUUUGAGGGUAUAAUAAUGCGUUUGGAAAACAAAAAGAAAAUGAAUUUUGAUAUUAACAAUACGAGUAAAGGUAUGGUUCACCCAAAAAUUACAAUUUUGUCAUUUACUCACCCUCAUGUUAUUCCAAAACACAAAAGAAGUUAUUUUGAAGAAUUGGUUGGUGACCACAAUGGCUACCAGCAACUGUUUGUUCACCAGCAUUCUUCAUAAUAUCUUCUUUUGUGUUCAACACAAGAAAGAAACUCAUACAGGUUUGCAAAAGCCUGAGGGUGAGUAAAUGAUGACAGAAUUUUUAUUUUUGGGUGAACUGACAAUACUCAUGUGAUUAAAAAACGACCACUCAAAAUGUCUGUGCAUAUGCAAAUCUGUAUAGAUACUGUGUGGGUCAAUAACAUCCAUAGGUAGUGCUUCAUCUUCAUCAUUAGCAAACAAGCUUCAUGGACUUGAUUCCCAGGUGACGUCACACUGUGUCAGUUGAAUUUGUACAGACGAGUCGCAAACGUCAUGAAGUCAGUCUCACGUUCGGGGUCUGUUGCUCAGAGACUGAUCAAAAUGUCUGCUCUUACAAAUGACAUUGUAUGUAUUUCUCUGAAUAUAUUGUAGAAUGUGUUUUUACGGUUCACAGUUUGACAUAGUGUACACAUACAGUAUGCUUACGUGUAUGUCAGCAGAUAUGCUUAAUUUAUUUAUAAUCGAUUGGUUUUAUACUCUAACUUAAGAAGAACAGCAGCAGCAGUCUUAUGUGGAAAACUAUUUUAAAGGACUUGAAAAUUACGAUGAUCAUGAUUCACAAUAUCUCCUGUCUUGUUCUCUGUGAGGUGACUAUCACUGUACAAAACUUGAUGAAUUAUAUUGGACCAAGGCAUGGUUCAUAUCGAAA